GACGCACAACAGCUAACGGUUAGCAGGAUUAACCAUUAGCAGCCGUGUGAGAACAUAGCCAUUGACAUCUGGUUCAUGUGGGAAACACAAGUGUCAAGGAUAAAAUAUCCAUAGAAUUCUACGGUACGGUACUACGGUAAAUACACUAUUAGCUUAAAUUUCUCCCUCCCCCAAUUAAUUGCCAUUUUCUAAUAACAAGCCCUGCUAUAUAAAUGUAUGUUUGUGAAUAUUACUAUGUAUAGUGUAACUAAAUCUUUUUAGUAGUUGUUCAGUUCUAAUUGUUGAUGGCUAAUUAGAUUAAUAAUUGAUAUGAUUUAUAUAGCCCCUUCCUACAAAAUGAACAAGACACUGAAUCUCAACAAAUGCAGCAAAUGAGAAAUGAAUUUAAAUAAUUGCAGUGUCAAAGCCAGAAGCUCUUUGACAGCCGGCAUCCGCUCCAUCAUCAUCUUUCUUUACUCUGCAGAACCUCUUUUGAGCCUACUCUGACAGAUAGACAAUUUAUUUGAUCAAAUGUCAGACACAAAUUAACUCUUAGUCUGAUCCGACAUUGGGCCCGUUCGGACGAGUAAAAUUUUACCGGGUGCUUCCAACUGAGAGGCCAGGUGUGGCUUGAUGAAGUGACACUGCUGGCGUGCUGAUUGUCAUUGAAAAUUAUCUGUUGCUCGUGCCUCGUUAACUUGCAUUCUCCAAGGAAUUGUGUCUGGUAUGGCCGAAGAAAUGUUCAAUAAAAUUCGGAAAGCAUUUUGAAGGGAAACCUUGUGAAACAAUGGUGUCAAGUUACUUUGCUAUUGAGAACAGCUUACCGUUCGCAAGGAGCAAUGCUUCUAACAUUAUGAACCAGAUUUUAAAGUUUGCAAAGAGGAUGGUUAGGAAACUACCUUUGAAAUGGCUGCUUGCUCAACAAGAAAUCCAGAAGUUGAAAGUGGAACAUAUCUAUUUACCAACCAAAGAGAUGAUCGCUUUAGUUGAGCGUUGUGGGGUCAAAAUAGAUGGCCAAAUGUUGCUGCUUGAGUAUUUACACGACCUUGGCGAGAUUCUCUACUUUCCUGAUGACGACGCCUUAAAGGACAUUAUUGUUUUAGAUCUGAUGAAAAUAGUUGACAUGUUUAAAACAAUAAUCACCGUUAUUGAUCUAAAGUUUAUGGAAACAAAGCACAGAAAGGCCAGGAGAAGAUUGGACUCAGGGGUCCUAGAGGAGCAUCUGUUAAGACACCUCUGGAAGGACUUCAAUUUUUCAGAUUAGAUGUUUGACUUCUUUGUAUCUCUCAUGCAGAAAUUUGGGCUGGUGUGUGAGAAAAACAUUACAAUGGGUGGUGAACGUAUUUUCUACGUUCUUUCGUGCUUGAAGCCUAAACGAAUAGAUGCCACACAAACUAACAAUUACGGGAUUCGCGCAGUUUCAAUCUUUCAUGACUUUAGUCGCUAUCUACCUGACGAUCUUUUCCAGCGUGGAGUAACUAAGUUCAUUGAGAGAUUCCAAGUAAAAGACGAUGAGCCUACAUUAUCUUAUGAGCACGUGGAAUUGGGUAUCGAUGAACUUCACCUCGUGGUUUUGAGUGUAGCCUCAAUCAAGCAUCGUCGUAUGUUUAAGACAACAAUCAUCAGACGAAAAAACUUCAAUGCCGCUCAGCUUACCCAGGAAGAUGAACCAUCGCCGAUAGUAUGUACGAAGGUGUUGAUAUUCCUCGAAACAGAACUAAAGAUUUUUUGUCAGAGCGGUGCAAGGGGCGUGGAAUUAACAAGGUACAUUGCUUGCGAUUGUAGGAACGCUCACAUGCAUAUUGUGUGCCAAUUUGACAUGGAUGUGUUGCCAUGUGGAAGCAAUGGAAUGGAAGUGACGCGCUACUGCCGACUAUUUGAAGAUGACUUGCAAAACAAGUCCAGCGCUGUCGGAGAGGUUUUGAUGCUCGUAUAGGCACAAGGGCUAGAAAAAUGUUUAACAGACUUUUUUCCCACGACCGGCAGCACACAGACAAAGCUAACGUGUUAAAACAAGAAAAAUGGUUUAAUGAUCAAGAUUUGCUGUUUAUCUGUGACAAUUUGGAUCCUGAAUCAUGGAGGAGACUGGGAGUGCGUCUUGGACUCAAGUGGACCGAUAUAAAAAAGAUAACAAAAAACUACAGAAUGGUCGAAGACUGCAUCAUGGAAUUGUUACUUGGUUACUUGGAGGGAUGACCAAUCAAAGACCCAACAAAUACCAAUCAUGGUGAACACUUUGAGGCAACAGAAGCUUGUUGGACUUGCACAAAGUGUACGUGAAAGGCAUGGCUACAGUGACGAGUCAUAAGUUGCAACAACUCAUAUAAAUCUGCUUGAAAUUCCAACACCAGUGCAAGGUACAGUAGUAAAAA